AGAAGCGAUGCUCCGGGCGAGGCCCGGUGUUCAGUCCGCCGGUCCCAGGCUGCAGGAGAGGCCGGCUUUAGUUCGAAAGCGAUUGAUUGCACACACCAUCCCAUUCACAUUCCAUCCCAUUGCAGUCGGCCCGACUGCCCCUGUGGAUCGAUAAUAACAUGGCUGUGACUGAAACCGCAAGUGACUUCACAUAUUCCAAAAUGAGAGGCAUCGUCGUAUUUCUAACUGCAUUUAUAAAGCAACGUAAAAUGGGCUUGAAUGACUUCAUACAGAAAUUGGUUUCUAACCCGCAGAUUUGCCAGCACCCUGAUGUUCGUGUUUUCUUACAAAUUGACCAAAACCAACCUGAUGAAGCAGACACCUACUGUAAUUCUAACAGAUCAAGCCUUGGUUCAGAAGAAUUUGACCUUUCUACAUGUAGUGUGAAGCCUUCAGACUUUGACUACCUCAGAAUAAUUGGCAAAGGCAGCUUUGGAAAGGUGCUACUUGCCAAACACAAAGAAACUGAGAAAUAUUUUGCAGUAAAAGUUUUGCAGAAGAAGAUGAUUCUGAAGAAGAAAGAGGUAACAAAAACAAUCAUGGCUGAACGCAGUGUCCUUUUGAAAAAUAUGAAACACCCUUUCCUAGUAGGGCUUCACUAUUCCUUUCAAACUACAGACAAGCUCUACUUUGUCUUGGAUUAUGUGAAUGGUGGGGAGUUGUUCUAUCACCUUCAAAGGGAACAUGUGUACCUAGAGCCCAGAGCAAGGUUUUAUGCUGCAGAGAUUGCCAGUGCACUAGGCUACCUCCACUCUCUGCAUAUUGUUUACAGAGACUUGAAACCUGAAAACAUUCUCCUGGACUCUCAGGGCCACAUAGUGCUGACAGAUUUUGGCUUGUGCAAAGAAGGAGUAGAACCAAAUGGAACAACCUCCACAUUUUGUGGUACCCCAGAAGUAAGUGAGAACCUGUUCCUACAGUGUGACAUUACAGAAAGGCAAUUUCCCAUUGAGAUGGGCUGUGCCUUUGACUCUCUCUUGCACACACUCUUGAAAGUGUUGAUCCCAGCACUGACCCCUGUGGAACUCCAAGUCACUGGUUACCAUUCUGAAAAAGACCCCUUUGUAGCACAGGUUGAUGUUCUGGAUUUUGGACCCACUGAUCUUCAACACUUUGACCCAGAAUUUACCCAACAACCAGUUCCAACCUCAGUUGCAAACUCUCCUGAAGACUUUCUGAUUACUGCCAGUGCUCGAGAGGCUGCUGAAGCUUUCCUUGGAUUCUCCUAUGUUCCUCCUGUAGAUGAUACCUACCUAUAAUAAACAAGGUGGACUAUAAUGCCUUUAUGUUUUAAAUAGCAAAGAACUGAUUGAGGCAGAAAUCCUCUGCACAUUGUGCACCUUACAGCAUGAGAGCUCUCCUCUCAAUCUUUUUUGGCUGAAGUAUUUUUCUGUUGGAGUAGUCUUUCUAUUGUAGUCUUCAGGAUUCAUCAGCUUCCAAGAAUGGAUCCUCUCAACUCUGCUCCUAAGUUUAAUAAUGUAUGAACUUUGUGCACACGAUUUUCCCUUUCAGCUUGGCAACACUUCAGCAAAGGGGCCUUUGUGAAUGACAGUCCACCUGAAAUACAUCGUGGCUAAGAAGUACAUUCAGAGUUGCUCAUGGUAGAUGACCACCCAAGCAGCAAAGUGUGCCAAACAUUGUACCAACAAAGCUGUAUCAAUUUGAGCCACUAUAAUGGCAGUACGUUCUCCUUUGAAUCAAGAGAGAAUUUGGCAAAAAAUCCUGUCCCCACUUCUGAGAGGCCCUUGCCUGAAACAAAGUAUUGUCUGCCAAAAGGAAAAUGGUGUUUGCCCACACUUGAUCCAAUCAACAAAAUCACCUUCCACUGACAGGACAGUCUUGCAUUCCACAAGAACUGACAAGUCUUUUCAUUAAGUAAUUUAAUGAUAAUGUAAUCAGGAUCACUUGCUACAAAAUUUUUGACAGCAUUUCUAAGACUUUGAAAGUCCUUAUUUGACAAGAAUGUAUUUGUCUAUUUUAGACACAAGUUGGGACAUUGAGGACAUUGGUAUUGCAUGGACUGAAUGUUAAGUGUAAUUGUAUUGACAUUCAGUUGAAUAGCAAUUACUGUAAAAUGGUAAUCAUUGACCCACUGAAGACUACAGUUAGUAUUUCUGAAUCAAACUUCAUGCCAUUACAUGUCCAUCAGUUUAGAUGAACAUUGUACCAAGUUAUUCUCUCAAUCUCUAGAUUUCUCACUACAUUGUAUGAAUCAAUCUUUAAGAUAUUGUUUUAAAUCCAAGAUGACUAAUUAUAGGGUCAGCAGGAGAACAUCUAGUCUCAAAGUGGAUUCAAUCAACCUCAACUGUGUUAAAUUUAAAAGCCACAUGGCUAUAGGAGGAAGGAUAGAUGUUAAAAGAUGGGGAAGAAAGUGAUAUUUGGAAGUCUUUGUACAAAGAAACAAUGCUGGAGAAUAGAUCAUUUUCUAAAUUGUUGGGUUUAUGAAGGGGUUUGUAAUGCAAUUGGAAGAGGUUACUUGAUACUGAUAUUGGACCAUCCUAGAGGAUGUGGCAGUAAUGCUAGCUCAGUCUGCUGGAACAUCACCUGAUGAUGAGGUUGCAAUUUGGAAGUAACUAUUCAGCAGCUUAAAGGUUAAAUACCUGCUGUCUUGAUAUUUCUUUCAUAUUUGAAAGAUUACAUUUUAGUUUUUCACUUACAUGUUGUAAACAAAUUUCUUGGAAAUAGUUGGGGUAUGAGCAGUAUUUAAAAUGUGGUAUGUUACUUUGAAACUGGAAAUAUUUAUUUUUUUUAAUCCUAGCUGUACUGAAUUUGAAGUGCUCUAGUUACCUUGUGAAACUCAAUUUUCAGUUGAAUCACCAGUAAAGAUGUGUUCUAAUGAGUUGAUCUUUUGUUAAAAGCAUUCUUACAAUGUACAAUGGUGAGCAUAUUUCUUGAACACCCAAUUCUGUUGGAAAGAACAAUGUCGAUUUGCAUAACCUUAGGGUAAAUUGUUAGCAUCAGGAUCACUGAGAUGAAUGAAGAAUAGUGCAUUAUGUUGUAAAUUAAGAACUCUUACUCAUGUAGUGACUUACAGCAUGCUUCAUCAACUUAGUGACAAAAUUGACUAGUACUGGAGUGCAAAUUAAUGGGGGAAAGAGUUGGCCUGUCAAUGUUCCAAAUUUUAUUCAAAGAAAAAAAACUGCAUUUUUUUUCUGCUACACGUAGCUACCUCUUCUGACCAUCCCUCUCCUCCAAAUCAUUAAUCUGGAUGAAAAUUAAUCUUGGUUUUUUGUGCACAUGGGUUUGUGGAGGACUGGCCUAAGAAUUAGUAUGUAAUGACAUUAAUGUGUACUCCUUCAGCUGGUUGAUCUACAUACAUGAAAGAGAUCUCUAGAUAUGUUGCAUAUCUAUACGAUGAGAUCAGCCAUCUAUUUGUUUGACUUUAGACUUGCAACAUAAGUUUAAAAAUACAUGUAAUGGUUUAUAAUGGACAAAUUGUGAUUGAACCAAUAAACAGGAUUCCCCUUGCAAAGAUCAAGGAGUGUUUAA